CUCAGCCAUGUCCGGCAGCACCCACAGCCACGCCGAGGGCCGGCGGUUCCCCGGGAAUUGCACCCUGGAGAAGGCUCUGCAGACCGUGGUGGAUGUUUUCCACCGGUACAGCAUCCGCCAGGGAGAGCACGACCUCCUCAACCUCGCGGAUUUCCAGACCCUGCUCACCGAGCAGGCCCCCACCUUCCUGCAGGCUUGUGACAGGAACCGAAGUGGCUACCUGGACAAGCUCUUCAAGGAGACCGACCUGAACAAGGACAAGGAGCUGUCCUUCGAGGAGUUCACCACCGUCCUGGCCAAGCUGGCCGACGACGCCCAUCGCAUCAGCCACCGCUCCGACCGCUGCGGGCCCGACCAGGACUGAGCCUCCGUGGGAAAACCGGCAGCCAGCCAUGGAAAAACGGGAGCUAUCCAUGGAAAAA